UUGGCAGUACCCGCUAAGCUAAUAUAAACUAGUAAGAAACGAUUUUGUAUACAGUAAAACUAAAAUUUAUCGUUAAGUCAUAGGUACGCUCUAAAUAAUGAAUUGGCUUUAUAAGAUCUUAGCCGUAUUUUGUUUUACAUUAUUAUUAAGAUGUAGUUUAAGUGAUAAUUGUGAAAAUGAUUGUGCGCAUCCGACAGUGAAAUGCGAAGACGGAUCAUUAAGAGGAAAAGUUUUCAAAACAAAAGGAGGUCGAGAAAUUUUUGGAUUUUUAGGUAUUCCUUUUGCUAAACCACCAUUGGGCGAAUUGCGAUUUAAGCCUCCUGUGCCAUAUGGAGCAUGGAAUAAAACAUUCAAUGCUACUCAAAUACACACCAUCUGUCCUCAAAGAGACAUUUACAGAAGAUCUGAAACAUUUGAAGGCGAUGAAGAUUGUCUUUACUUGAACGUCUACUCGCCUCAGCUUCCAAGUGAGAACGAUACUCUUCUGCCAGUUAUGGUAUUUUUCCAUGGUGGCGGCUGGUUAUGUGGUGGCGGAAACACCAUGUGGUAUGGCCCUGACGUUCUACUCGAUAGAGAUGUUGUUUUGGUGGUACCGAAUUACCGUUUGGGCGCAUUAGGGUUUCUCAGUACAGGAGAUGGAAUAGUGCCAGGAAAUAAUGGCCUUAAAGAUCAAAACUUAGCUUUGAAAUGGAUACAAAGAAACAUCAAGGCCUUUGGGGGUAACCCGGAUAGUGUCACUAUUUUUGGAGAAUCUGCCGGUGGGUCCAGUGUGCAUUAUCAUAUGGUAUCACCUAUGAGCCGAGGUUUGUUUCAUCGAGUCAUAGCUAUGAGUGGAACAGCUCUUUGCGUGUGGGCUUCGGCACCCAAAAAUGAAAAUAUUGAGCACUCUAAACAACUUGCAAAGUCUCUGGAUUGUCCAACUGAUAAUUCCAAAGACAUGGUAGAGUGUUUACGAAAGGCUGAUGCAAUGGAUAUUAUUAAAAAGGAUACGAUAUUUAUGAAAUGGGAUUUUGAUCCCAUGAUACCAUUUAAGCCCACUGUAGAGCCUGACGUUGAAGGUGCCUUCUUAACGGAACAUCCAGUUGAGGCAGUUAAAAAGGGAAAGAGUGCACCGGUACCUAUGAUAGUGGGAAUAACUAAAAACGAUGGAGCUCUCAGAGCUGCAGGUUUGAUACGUAAUGAUCAACUUUUGGAAGAACUAAAUAAAGAAUUUGACAAAAUUGUUCCCGUAAGCUUGAUAUACGAAAAGACUGCUCAUAAUGUCAGCCUCAUUACAAAAGAAAUAAAGAAAUUUUAUUUUAAAAAUGAAAAAAUCGAUUGGUCUAAGAGAAAUGAAUUGGUAGAUAUGUAUACUGAUGGCUGGUUCCUCAACUGUGCGGACGAAACCGUGCAACUACAUAGAAAAUUCACUAAGGACCCUGUAUAUUAUUAUAUGUUCAGUCAUAGAGGAGUUGCUAGUUUCAGUAAAAUCUUUGGCGGUGGUGAGGAAGAUUAUGGUGUAUGCCAUGCUGAUGAUUUACAGUACCUUUUCCCUGUAGGAGACGGAUUAUUUCCAGAUAAAACACCAACCGAGUCAGACAAACAUGUUUCUAAGCUAUUCACUAGCUUAUUUGCUAAUUUUGCUCUUUCAGGGAACCCCACUCCUAUAUUAUCAAAAGACGUACCAGAAAAAUGGCACCCAGUGGAGACAGAACACAUGGAAUAUUAUAAUAUUGAUGCAGUAUCACCAGGAAUGAAUAAGGGACUGUACUUAGAGAGAGCCAAGUUUUGGAGAAAGUUAAAAUGGAACCGUUGGGAUCAUUCGGCAAUACCUGUUAAAGACGAACUAUAAAAUAAUACAAAGAUUAUUUAUGUCUAAACUAUAACAUUUAUAUGUAAAAUAAAUACUUGUAAAUAUGUAC